CGUAAGAUACGUCCCGUGCAGGGGCUUUUAAUGCGGCAUUUCAUUCAUUGAUCGUUCCAAUAGCGCGCCGCACGCUCUGCGCACCAGACAAGUGAACCCAGCCCCUUGAAUCGCUGUAUUUUUCUCAAAACCCAGACCCAGUCAGUUGUGUGGGCGCCCCCUCUAGAAUAAGCCAUAAACACUGGCCUGGCUAACGGAGUCAAAGCCAAAGCUGAAGUGUCUCAGCUGAUCCCCACACACAACGCGCCGCGGACGACAUUAACGAUCGUCGGCUAUCUGAGAUACAAUAUCUUUUCAGUGCACAGCGGACAAGCGCAGCAAGUGGACGCAGCCAGUGAGCUACCGGCGCAGCCAUAGAUUUUCUCCAACCGUGUAUUUUUGUACGCCGCCAACUCGGGAUAUUGGAUACAGAUACAGAUACAGAUCCGAGCACAGAUAUAUCCGCAGUCGGAGCCGCAGCCACAGAUACGCGCGACGCUAAAGAUACACAGGCAUCUGCUCGGCGCGCACUCAUAGAUAUUUUUAGCAGCCGGCCUCACGCAUACGGCCGCAAAACCAACACACGCGGCUUGCACGUUUUGGAAAAAUCACUCCCCGAGGCUUUUCCUCAUCUGAAUCUCACCAGCAUCCAAACUCAAAACAAAAAUCCUUAUCAAUAAAUUAAAAAAUAUAUAAAAUUAAAGUCAAAAACUCGCGCAAGAACCACCAAGAAAUCAAUUCAAUCAAAAAAAACAAGUUCCAGAGCUUCGAGGAAACAAUCACUUAAAACUGAAAACAAAUUUUUUGUUGUGUUAAUAUGCCAAAUUUAUGCAUGAGCUAACAACUUUAAUUCCGAAAAAAAAUCAAAGAUAAAAAAAUAAAAAAUAAAAAACAAAACAAAAAUUGUUGAGUGACUAAUUAGUUGAUACGUCGUCGGAAUUUCAAUUUGCAUACGUUGUAGCCCCUUUAAUGAACCAGAAAUUAAAAUAAAAUCAUCAACAAAUCUUAAUCAGAGUGCAUAGCCAAAAUAAUCUAAAUUCAAGACCGACACCGAUCGCCGGAAAAAACAACAUCAGCCAUACAUUGUUGGAUUUAUGAAAUCAAAAAGAUGAAGUCCAACACGUACGAGCUGCACAACUACGCCGAUCUGAAUGUGAUGGAAAGUCCGGAGGACUCCAAGGACUCACGGAAAAGAAAGGCGGCCAGCAAGGUGGAAAAAUACUCAUUACGGCAGAAGCGCCAAAAGAGAAACCCGCAAUCGGAAGAUGCAUCACCAGCCAACCUGCCCGAUUUUCAGCUGGAUCUGGUAGAUCCAGUGGUGGAGCCAGUGAACAAAUCCAGGAAAAAUACAUCCACCAAGGCCAAAACGAAAGCACCGCCGUUGAGCAAAUAUCGCCGGAAAACCGCGAAUGCAAGAGAGCGAACCAGGAUGCGGGAAAUCAAUACGGCUUUCGAGACCCUGCGGCACUGUGUUCCUCAGGCCAUUACCGGCGAGGAUGCGACCAAUGCCAGCGAGAAGCUGACCAAGAUAACCACCCUGAGACUGGCCAUGAAGUACAUCAGUAUGCUGAGCGAGGCCAUACAGGAUCCCAGCUACGAAAGUGAGUUUAUCGGCGAGUGCCUGGAGGAGAGCGCCAAUAGGGAGGCCAGGCUGGACGUGGAAAUAUUCGAUGACACCGAGUUGGAGGUGGAGAAACCCAAAUCCCCGCCUGUGAGGAAAAAGACGCCCAAAACUAAGGGUUCCGGCAAGAAAACCUCAACAGCCAGCAAAAGACAGAGCCAGAAACAGACAAAGUCCACUCCAAAAAUCCCGCCAGUUAGCUCCGGAGAGUCCUGCUAUGCCACCUCCUCGAUAGGAUCGCCGGCCUCCUCUGCCUACGCCUCGUUGUCCUCCUCCUCCAACAGCAGUCCAGGACUGGAGGCGGAGUGCUUGAUAGGCCUGCAGGGAAUCAGUGAUCUGGACACCAUGCUUAUGGAUGCAUCUGAUGGGGACUCGCUGUCCUGCCUGAGUCCCGGAUAUGAGAGCUUGCUGACAGGAGGUGGCGGCGAGUCCCUGUUACCUGGCUGUCGUGGGGACCUGCCCAUGUCCGGUCUGGAGAAGUCCGAUGUGGAGCUUAGUCUAAGAUUGCUGGAUCACCACUCCAGGGACUCCUUCGAUUUCGCAAGCGAUCAACAACCGUCGGCGUGCAUCAGUUCCCUGGCCAGCCUCGAUGGUUAUCCUUUCGCCGAUAUUCUACAUCCCGACUUUCCCGACAUGUUUCUCACGUGACGCGUAUUUAUUAGAUCCUAUUUUUCACAGCUCCUCCUAAGCCUAAUCCUCGUUUUAAGUUAGAGUGCGAGUUCUAACCCAACUUUCACCUUUAGCCAUUAAAUGCGAUGCACCCCCAAUGGGUGGAAUUCAUUGUGUCAUAAAAACGCCGCUCUGGACUACCAUAUAUCCACUGCAAUAUCGGCAUCUGACGGAGGGAGGAUCUCCUCCUCUCGGCCACAUCCACAUGAUAACUCAACUAGUGAUCUAAGCAUUUCUUUGUGACGCAUUUCCCGUUAUCGUGUAAAUAAAGCACCAAGUGUUGUUUCAUGACUUAAAAUAAA